UGGUCACACCUACAGCGCUGCACAAAAUCAGCUGACAUAUGUACGUAUAUCUUAGUAUACGUGAGGAAGCGAUGAUAUUUAUUCAGUUGACUUAGGAACUUUGUAGUGUGAACGUGUCGCAUUGUUAUUCCACUGAUUUCUCAUUCGUAAUAGAGGUGAACUGCCGUGUUUGUUAGGUAUUCGCAAUAAAAUGGAUCCCAAAUUUGUGCGAGGUUUCUCUCUCAAAGAAGCCUUAGAUAUAGUAUAUAACGACGAAGAAGAUAGCAAUGGUGUGUGUGACAUUUACAUAUCACCGCCGGAACCAAAUGUACUGACAGAUGAAGAUUCGGGUGAUGAAGAAGGCGGGGAAAUGGAUAAUUUAUCACGUGGCCAAUUAUCAACUGCAGCAGAAAUCCGACUUUCUGACAAUUCGCGCAUAACUGGCUUCGAAGAUGUUUCAAAUGAAGAAGGCAGUGAAGGAGACAAUAGUUUAUUAGAAAGUGAAGUUAGUCAGAUUGAAAAAUGUGGUCCAAGCACUAGUUCAAACAAGAGCACCAAAAAGACGAAUUCAACGAAGAAGCCGCAGAAGAAAGUGAAAGAAACACUCAAAAGAACUUGGAUCGAGGGCGAUCUUCUAAAAACGACAGCAGUAUUUCCACAGCCAGACUAUACCAAUUUUAUAGGAAAAUCCCCAACAGAUUUAUUUGAAUUGUUUUUCGACGACGACAUUGUUCGUAUGUUAGUAGAAGAAUCAAAUAAAUAUGCGCUCUUCCUAAACCAUCCAGAUCCGAAAAUAGAAUCUGAUGAAAUGAAGUGUUUCAUCGGUAUACUUAUUUUGACCGGGUAUAACUCUCUUCCCGGAAAAUGUUUUUACUGGGAUUCAGAAUCGGACAUGGGAAAUCAAUUAGUAAAGGAAGCAAUGCGUAGGGACAGAUUUCGACAGAUAAUGCGUUUUUUACAUUGUGCCGAUAAUACCAAACCCAAUUACAAAGACAAAAUGUGGAAACUUAGGCCGCUCAUUGAAAAACUUCAAAAAAAUUAUUUGAAAUAUUUUAAGCCGACAGAAAAUAUGAGUUACGACGAAUGUAUGGUGAAAUACUAUGGCAGACACAGCUGCAAACAGUUUAUUCGCGGAAAACCGAUAAGAUUUGGCUAUAAAGUAUGGAGUUUGAAUGCCGAAAACGGCUACCUAAUCAACUUCGAUAUAUAUCAGGGAAGUAAUCCGAAGUCGGUUACUGAAUAUGACAAUAAAUUUGGAAAAGCUACUUCUCCAUUACUAAUAAUGCUAGACUCCUUGCCAGAUAGAAAUCUUCGUUAUCAAAUUUAUACAGACAAUUUGUUUACGAGUUUCAAUCUUUUGACGGAGCUAAAGCAAAGAGGCUAUGGAGUUACAGGAACCGUUAGAGAAAAUAGGGUUCCAAAGGACUGCCCAAUAACUUCUAAAUUAGACAUGAAGAAAAAAAAAAGAGGUUCUAUCGAGUCUAAAAUUUCAAAAGAUGAAGGUGUGAUACUAGUGCGUUGGACUGACAAUGCCCCUGUUACCAUGGCUUCAACUUCUUAUGGAAUUGAACCCACUUCUUUGGUGAAAAGAUAUUCACAGUCCGAGAAGAAAAUUAUUCAAAUUCCCCAGCCACGUCUUAUAAAUGCCUAUAAUAAAUAUAUGGGUGGGACAGAUCGGAUGGACGAAGAUAUUGCGCGCCAUAGAAUAGGUAUCAGAAGUAAGAAAUGGUAUUGGCCGUUACUUACUUGGCUUAUAGAUACCGCAUUACACAAUGCAUGGAUACAGUAUAAAAGUGCAGGUAAUUCAAUUACUAAUCUGAAUUUCAGAAGAGAAAUUGUAAAGGUAUACCUAAAUAGGUUUAAAACUGCCCCAAAAAGAUAUGGAAGACCAACAACGAGUAGAAAUAGUGUCUCCAUGAAUAGGAUUUCGGAUGAUAUCAGGUAUGACCAUAAGGACCACUUAGUUGUUCCAGUUCCAAAUAACAAGAGGAGAAGAUGUGCCGGAGAAGGAUGCUCCUCUGUUGGUCGAACACAGUGCAAUAAAUGUGAUUUGGGACUAUGUGUGGAAUGUUUUUAUAUAUUUCACAUUAAAUAAUUUGUUCGACAUUUCUGUAUUCAUAUUGGGCUAGUGUGACCAUAUGGUUACGCCAUUUUUUUGAGAAAAAUAAAGGAAAAAAAUGCAUAAUUCUUAUUCUACCCAACACUGAUAAAUGGAAUUCACUCAAUAGAAUCGCUAAAUUUGCUCUCUUGAAAAAAUAAUAAUUCCGCCUUUGAAGGGUUAAGUAUU